CGAUGCAUUAGGAGACUGCAUCUCCUCUGGAAAUGUCUCAGAGAUUUAUGAGCAAACCUACUACCCAACUUUUAACUGCAGCGAAGAGUAAACUGAAAGAUCAGUUGGCUUGAAUCAGACUGCAAACACACACUGUCCCUGGCCAGCUUUCAUCUUAGUUUUAAAUGUUUAAAAUUGAGUGUGCUUUGAGGUUUAGUACGGUGGUCCACGGGCAGCUGAAGAGGGGCAGAAAUUAGCGUCGCCGAUUUCAGUGUGUAAACGUCAUAAGAGAAUGCGCGUCUUUGCGGAUAUGAGACCAUGUAAUUGCACAACACAGAUACGUUGUGUUUGUGGCAUGUUUGAAAGGCUUUUCCUCCUAUUGCUAUCAUUUCUGGCCAAUUGCAUACAGACACGGACAAUAAAUUAUAUUAAUGUAAAGAAAAAGGUUCUGUUUGAAGGGUACGUGUUUGGAUAAGUGAACUAACAUUCCAUUACGGCUCUUCAGCCUCCAGCUCGAGUCCUCCAAUCACACCCUUAAGUGGUAGGGGCGGUCCGACGCACGCGGCAAGACCGAUACCCUCCCUGCCCACAGGCUUUGCGUGUGCUGCUAUUUUGAAAUAGCAGAUUGUUAGAGAGCGCUACAGGGUUUCGGGAGGGAUGUGUUGCCUCAAACGAUGAUACCUCCUGCAAUGUCAUGCCCCUCAGCCCGAAGGGAGCGGCGUUGCUCUUAAACAAGUCACACUGGAAUGAUGACUCCUCUUUGGAUUAAGUUGUCCGUGGUGUGUCGCAUCUGAGAUCUGCGCAGGAUGACAGGUCGCGUUGCGUCGUUGCCUGGAGGUAAUCUUUGGACGCUGGUUCUGCGACUGCUUCCAUUGCUUCUUGUGAAGGCGACAAUUGGCUCGCCGGUGUCAAGCAUCCAGCCUAUUGAGAACUUCGCAGCGGAGGGCUUUCUGGAGAAAUAUGGCUACCUGCACCAGGAAGAUCACAGACACAAUGAAGUGGAAGUGUCCUCCGCUCUCAGGGAGUUCCAGUGGCUGUCCCACUUGCCCGUUACUGGACACCUGGACGGCCCCACCCUGCAGCGGAUGUCUGCCCCCAGGUGCGGGGUGAAGGACGCGGGGGGCCAGCAAGCCUGGGCCAGGCGGGUGAACAGAGUCUUCCUGGGCGGCGCUGCCCCCGGUGGCCAGCACAGGCGCAGCAAGCGCUACACCCGACCAGGGGAGAAGUGGUACAAGCGGCACCUGACCUACCGGGUGGUGAACUGGCCGCGGCACCUCCCCAAACGGCAGGUGGAGCUGGCCGUGCGCACCGCCUUCCAGCUGUGGAGCAACGUGUCCGCCCUGGCGUUCCGGGAGGUGGCCGGGGGGCCGGCCGACAUCCGGCUGGCCUUCUACGCGGGCGAGCACAACGACGGGACGGGGAACGCCUUCGACGGCCCAGGGGGAGCCCUGGCGCACGCCUUCUUCCCCUGUCGGGGCGAGGCGCACUUCGACAUGGCGGAGCGCUGGACGCUGGACGGCUUCAAGGGGCACAACCUGUUCAUGGUGAUCGCGCACGAGAUCGGGCACACCCUGGGGCUGGAGCACUCGCCCGCGCGCCACGCCCUGAUGUCGCCCUACUACAAGAAGCUGGGCAAGGCCCUGGUCCUGAGCUGGGAUGACAUCACUGCCGUGCAGCAGCUCUACGGAAAGCCCCCUGGGGGUCAGGUGGUCCAGCUCCCGGGACAGGUCUUCAGCUCGGCUCUGCAGGACCUGGCUCUGGCCCAGGGGGGCAAGGGGGACCCCGACUCUGCCCUGCCCCUGUACUGCCAGGGCCUCUUUGAUGCCAUCACAGUGGACCAGAAUGGCUCGGUUCUGGUGUUUCGUGGCGGCCUGUUCUGGACGGUGUCUGCCCAGGGGGACGUGGGCCCUGCCCAGCCUCUCCGCCAUCGCUGGCCCCAGCUCCCUCUCGCCAUCGAAGCGGCUGCUUUCUCACCCGUGGACAGGAAGUUCUACUUUUUCAAAGGUAGACGUAUGUGGCGCUAUUCCGGGGACGAUCUCGACCCCGGCUUCCCGAAAAAGAACGAGGACGUGGGCCUCCCCGCACACCCGGACUGCGCCUUCUUCUACGCCCCUUUGGGGCACAUGGUCCUGUUCAAGGGCUCCCGGUACUUUGUGCUGAACCUGACGACCCUGCGCCCGGAACCGUACUACCCCCGCGGGCUGGCCGACUGGAAGGGGGUCCCGCGUGGGGCCAACGGGGCCCUGGGCUGGGCCGACGGCCGGCUCUACUUCUUCCGGGCGCAGCAGUUCUGGAGGUUCGACCCGGGAAAAGUUCGGGUGACCGGCGGCGGUCAGUGGGCCCACGACCUGGAGUGGGCUGGCUGUCAGGAACCCGGUGGGGCCAAUGACGUUCUCUGACCACCAGGGGGAGCCGUACCGCUGAUGCAAAGGGGUUGGCCUUGGGUUACGUGCAAUGUAAUAGGCCUAUUUCACAAGAUGGCGACCAAAACCGGAUGUAGGGAUACUUUGUUUCCGGUUACCGUUGCUACGGACGCAAGUCCAUUUCUGACAGCGAAAAAUUGAGCCUAAACAGCGACGUGU